UUCCGCUUCCAGUCCCCAGCUAUAAAGCCCCGCCGUAACCGAAAAUAAAAGAGACCUGCGAUAGCUGAACCGAGAGUGUAUGUGUCUCCCUCCAUGGUGUACCCCUGUUCUUCAGGUCACUGCUCUCCCCCCAAGAACCUCGUUGAUCAGUCUGCGGGCUCGGACAGGUGGCGCCCAACGUGGCGCUCGAGGUACGAGAGAUUUCCAGUAGACCCAGACGCGGCGCGCGGCACGAGUUACUCAGGCCCCGACCCACCCAGCGGGACAGUCAUUAGUCUCUCUGAGGCCAGUCACACAUCAAGGGCCACCUUACCUCAGAGCAGAGGUGUAAAGUCAACAGAGCCAGUAUAUCAUUGCUGUGUUCCUGUCCUAGCUUGUCAGCCAGCUGGUGCGACCCCAAGGCAAACACACAGAAAUGAGUGAGGACAAAGUGACAUAUGUGGAGCUGAAAUUGCCCAAGUCAAAGAAACAGGACAAAAGAAACCCAGCUCACAAAAGGAGAGAAUUUCCAUGGCAUAUCAUUGCAGGAAGUCUGGGAGUUUUAUGUAUUUUUCUGUUGACUACCACAGUCCUUUUUUAUUUUCAGGGCUCUUGUAAGUGUGAAAGUAUGCGUUGUCCAGAAGGAAAUGUAACUUCCUCACCAGAUUUAACAACUAGUACAGUUGAUCAACGAUUGGCUUCUACUGAUAAAGAAAUUCCAUCCUAUACAUGUUUUGGAAAAUGGCCCUGCUAUGGAAAAACGUGCUACUAUUUUUCAAAAGAAGAGAAAAGUUGGGAUGAGAGUAAGCUGUCAUGUGAAAACCGUGAUUCUCUCCUCAUUAAGUUUAAUAAUAAAGAUGAGCAGAUAUGCAUUCAGCAAAGAACCCAACACUAUUCCUCGGUUUAUUACGCAAAAAAGGAGAUAAACGUCCCUGGCUGUGGCAGGAUAGAAAUCCUCUAUUCCAGAAGUUGAAAUUUCAAAGACCGGAGAUGAUGCAAAAUGUGGAUACAUCAAGUCAACAUAUAUUGCUACUGAUGCUUAUAAUACACAAUUACCUUAUAUUUGUGAAACAAUAUUCUGAUAAUUAGAAGAAUUGCUGUAAUCAAAGUCAAUAUUUUGAUUAAUUUUACAACUGUUUUAAAAAAACAAAGUAUUCAAAUUACUCAACUAUGCAUUGUGAUUUAUGAGUGGGUAUGGUAUCUCUAACAUCCCUGAACAAGGAUAAAUAAGAAACUUUAUAGUAACAUUAUAAAUCCCUGAAAUUAGUUAAUUUUUGAAACUUCAGGAAACACUACAUCAGAGAAUGUGAAACAGAUUCAUUUUGAUAGAUUGAAAGAUUUUUAUUUACUUUCCUUUAUCAUUUCAUUACCAUUAUUUGGCUAGGUAAUUAGCACAUUCAUGUUGUUUAAAAUUAAAAGUAUUAAAUUCUCUUUAAAUAUCUUGUCCCCUGCUUGCCUAGUUCCCUUCUCAGAGGAAAACAUUUAACUAGUUUCCAGAUACUUGUGCAGCUAUAAUCUAGGAAGGAUGAUUUUAUACUUGCUACUUGUCAAACCAAAUGUUAUACAACCAUAGGUAACAUUUAUUGUUACUGCUUCUUUACUUUUUUAUUUAGAAUACAUCAACAGUUUGGUCCAGAAAAGUAUAUGUGGAGCUGACUCACUUUCUAAAAGCUGCUGCAGGCAUUACACCAACUGGAUACGCCAACAUUUAUUUAACCAGUUGUAUUUCAAUGGUUAUAUGGGUUUGUCUCCUAUGUUGUAAUUAUCUCAAAAGCUGCAAUGAACAGCACUUAAUAUAGUAUCACCUGCUAUAGAUCAUAUCUACAAGAUAAAUCUCUAGCAGUACCAUAUAUGUGUCAAAUGCAUGUACAUUUCAAACUCAAUUCCUAUUUAAUAAUUGCCCUCCAUGAGGCUAUACAUGGUCCACCUAAGAUGCAAACUCUGGAGCGCCUGCUUCUCCUGUUAUUCACUCCUCAGUAUGUUCCCAAUCUGCUUGACCUGGGCAAUAAAAUCUU